GUCACUUCCGGGCAGUAGGGAGAGAAAAUGACAGCUGGUUUGUUUUCAUCAACAAGGAGAAUCCAAAGUACACAUUGAAGUGUCAUGUGGUGAACGCCCUCCAUGUCCCUUUUCGGGCCUGUCUAGAGCAAAUCCUGCCGGCUGACCAAAGAGGGACCAGCACUUUUUCUGCAGACGCCUGUCAGCCCAACGAGCCACUCUGGAGCCACCAGUACAGAAACAGAAGAAGACAGUGAGCAGUGAUAGCGGUCAAAUCAAAGGAAACGUCUCUUCAGCUGAAGGGGAGGCUGCUCGGCUGGAAGGAGCCAUGGAGCCACCAGAGGACAAGGAGGGCCGUACGUUUGUGGAGGUGAUCAGUGAAAAGUACAGUCCGGAGAACUUCCCGUACCGCAGAGGGCCCGGUAUGGGGGUGGUGGUGGUGCCCACCCAAGGGCCCCAAGGUUCCCCGAUGAAAGACCGUCUGAACCUGCCCAGUGUGCUGGUGUUGAAUUGCUGUGGGAUCAGCAGGGCAGGAGACCAGGCGGAGAUUUCUGCCUUCUGUUCUCAUGUCAUGGAGCUGGACCUCUCCCACAACAAGCUGCAGGACUGGCAUGAGAUCAGUAAAAUCGUGUCCAAUAUCCCCAAUCUGGAGUUUCUCAACCUGAGCUCCAACCCCCUGGCGGGCAUGACCCUGGAGCCGCGGUGUGCUGAAGCCUUUUCUCGGGUCCGACGUCUCGUCCUCAACAACACUCAAGUGUCUUGGGACACCGUGCUGCUGCUCACUAGAGAGAUACCUGAGCUGGAGGAGUUGUUCCUGUGCCUUAAUGAGUACAGUAGUGUGCGUGCCUCCAGCGUGGCCUGCCCCACCCUUCGCCUGCUUCACAUCACCGACAACAGCCUCCAGGACUGGGCCGAAGUCCGCAAGUUUGGCUCCAUGUUCCCCAGCCUGGACACUCUGAUUAUGGCCAACAACAACUUGGCUUCCAUUCAGGACAACAAGGAUAUCCUGCAAAGGCUCUUCCCCAACUUACGCAGCAUCAACCUGCACAACUCAGGUCUCAACCAAUGGGAAGAUAUUGAAAAACUGAAUUUCUUCCCCAAAUUGGAAGAAGUGCGACUGCAGGGCAUUCCUUUACUGCAGACCUACACCAACGCAGAGCGACGCAGCCUCAUGAUAGCACAGCUUCCUUCGAUAUCAAUGCUAAACGGCAGCGUUGUGACUGACAGUGAGAGAGAAGACGCAGAGAGGUUCUUUAUCCGUUACUACUUGGACUACCCUGAGGAGGAGCUGCCUUUUAGAUACCAUUCCCUGGUAACCAAGUAUGGGAAGCUGGAGCCACUCGCCGAUAUCGACCUCCGACCUCGUUGCCGUGCUCAGGUGGAAGUUCACUGUGAGGAGAAAGUAGAACAGCUGAACAUCCGUUUGGACCAGACGGUAGCUGAACUGAAGAAGCAGCUGACAACGGUGGUCCAGCUGUCUACAAACAGCAUGAGGCUCUACUACAUCGACAAGGGCAGCGCCUUCGGCCCGGAGGAGAUGAAGUACAACACCCGGGCCCUCCACUCCUACAGCAUCCAAGACGGUGAUGAAAUACUGGUGGUGCCCAAGACCAAGUGAACAGCGAGUAUCCAGCUGGCUGAUGAGAGUGAAUUGAUUAACUGGAUUAUUUGUUGAUUGGUUUACUGACAUUGCAGAAUAAUUGGAAAAACACAUACGGAACAGCAGCAGCAGCACCCCACUUUUUGGAAUGGAGAGAGAGGAAAACAGUAAAAGAUGAAAGAGAUGUGAGCACCAUCAUGGAGACUGGAAAGUGGGCUGCUGGGAAACUCUGGCUGGAAAUGCAGCCUGGAGAGAAUUUUGUCUUUGUUUAUUUCAGCUUUAUUUGAGGGAAACCACUGAAGUUAGUGGGCAAAUCUGUCACACUGGAGAACAGGCUGAGAGAGCAACUCGCAGUCAGCUAGCAGCUUUAGCGGAGGGGAGGGCGCUGCUGUACCAGCAAAGCUUCGCUGCAGCUCUAUCUCUUAGCACACGGCAUGUACCAUAGCACCUGCAUAGGCAAGUAAACAACAUCACUCGCUUGCCCACGUCUCGCAAAAGCUACCCUGAUUAGUAGUGAGGCAGUGCUGCCGAGUGGAGAGGGACUGCUGCUCUCAUCUGCACUUUUACCUUAGGCACAAUAUCAGGAAGAGCCGUGGUUGUUAGAGGAGCACUCUUGCCUAAAACACUGUUAAAUGCAGAGUUGGUGAUGAAACUUGCAUUUUUUUUUUCUUUUUGUGGGUCCAUUUUGUUGUUCGGUGGUGUUAAUCCCAUAUUUCUGUGGCUACUUGCCAAACUUAGAGGAUGUUGCAUCACAUUCAUAUAGAACGAAGGAUUCUUUCGGAGCCAUAAUGAGAGUAAAAAAAUCAGUGUGAAACAUAAAGAAUAAGCAUAAUUGAAAUCCUCUCCAGACAUGUUAAAGCUUUCAGUGACCACUCGUGUGAUAUAGGUUUUCCACAAAAAAAAUCUUGAAAUGACACGUGCUCCUUCUCUCUUAUUGAAAAAUCCAAAAUGUAUGAAUAUGCAAGUAUUAUUCAUUUUCAUCUGAACAUAAGAUGUCAACUUUCCACAUCCCACUUGCACAAGUGGACCAUGACUGGCUUCCACACCAGUCAUAAAUCAUCGCUCGUACACACACGUUAAACUGAGACUCACGGUGAGCACAGAAAUGCUUCCUCCUCAGCAGAUGAAUGUGAAAAUGCUUCUCUACUGUCAAAUUCUGUGCAGUGAAGCAUCCAGGUGAAGUCAUUUUGAGUGGAGGGAGACUUUAAAUGCAAAGAAAAUGACAUGAAGCAGGUUAAAGGGAAAAUUGGUUGUAGAAAAAGCAAAAUGAUGCCACUUCAUGACAAAAUGGCUACAGCAGCGACAUGCUCACACACUGAUGAUCCCUAACAGAUUAAAGACUCUUUAUGGGUCCGUGUUUCCGUUCUCAGCAGCUAUCAGUAUUUCUUAUCACAUGUAUACGCCCACACAUGUUAACACAAAGCAGCUGUCCUGUCGUGUUAUGUGCCGCCACCUACAGGCUUCAUUGUGUCUUUGAUUGUAAAAGCGAAGUGCUCUGCCACUGCAGGUGCCUCACGAGAUGAGAUUCUUUGUGAGGAGAGCAGUGACGCCAACACACACAGCAGGGUACCUAGAAGACAAUCUCAUAGUGAACAUUUUGCAUAAGAGUGACGACAUUCGUGAUUAUAUUUGGACCGUCUUAUUUCAGUUUAGACACUCUGGGGUGAACUUUUUCAUAAAAAUAUGGUAGCAGCGUGGUUUUAGCAGUUCCCCUGUUUUUGAGCACAUGGCGUGGUAAUAAUUCUCAUAUUAUUAUCAUGCAUUUAAGAACAUUCCUUUUUAGCUUUUUUUUCUCACAGAAGUCAUCAUUGCAUAAUGUCUUCAAUUACGUCUUUUAUGGACCUUUAAAUGCUUAAUCAGUGUACUUUCUUUACAGCUUCUUUACUCUUGUUGAAGCAUAUAAUCAGUAAUCAUCCCUGAACAGAUGCUGAUCUCAGUUAAGUGCAUUUAUAUGAUCUGCACACUAAAACUAUUCCCUCAUGUCGUCUGCCACAUGUUACUAUAUUAUACAUUUCCGUCCAUCCUGCACAGAGAUAGUUUCACCAAAGAUAGCUCAUUAUGUUGGUAUUAUUAUUAUAAUGUGGAAUAUAUGCCGCAAGUAUUGAUUUUGAUAUACAGCAUCCAUCUUGUAUAAGAGGAGCAUUGAUGUUAGAUGUCUGGUGCUAUUGAUUUUUCAUAUAGCAAGCGACUCAGAGGAGUAGGAGAUUCCUGACACAGUGUUACUGCUAUGGAAACAGUCCAGUCACACAAUUAAGUAUUACCAUCUAGUGGCUGUUUGGAAACAAAUGUGUGUUUGGGCUGUAGCUCCAGGUCAUCCGCUGUCAAAAGUAAACUCAGCUCAUCGUUCAUGAGCCUCUUUUUACCCUCCAAAAGUAUCAGUAUCUCAAGUAUGUAAAUACCACAGCUUUUCCCUCUUAGCUAUAUUUUACCAGUGUUGAUUUUAUAACACUACUGCUAUACUUGAAUAAGACUACAUAUGAAGGUAUAUACAGCAGGUUAAAUGAAAACAGUUACAGUACUGAAGCCCUUACUACCCAUUUUAUCACAGUAGUGCUGAAUAAAUGUUAGUGUAGCAUGAACCACAGCCAUAGAAACCAGCACACAAAGAGGCAGCAGUGCAGUGCUGGCACCAACAUCCCAGUCUGGACUGAAGUACUGAGCUGAAGUGUCUGUGCUAAUCGAUGUGAGACUUGUUAGGAGUGAGAACAUGUAGUAUGUAAUUGUUUGCAGAGUGAGUGAUUUAAUGGUAUGCAUGUUAUUUAUCAUGUGUUUUCGAAGAAAGUGGUCACUAUGCCUGCUUAGAUUUAUGGGACGAUGCACUUGAUGGAACUUUUUGAAAUGUUUUACUUUAAGUGCGAGGAAAUAUUUGAAGUCUUGAUGUAACUUUAUUGUUGAAUUAAUUGAUUUUAUUUAUUUAUUUUUUUUAAUUUCGAUGUUAUUUAUUGUGAAUCCUGCUUACUUUUCAAACUGCUAUAAUCUGAAAAUACUGGCUAAACCAUUUUACAGCCCUUAAAGCCCCUGAAAAUGUAAUCACAGAUUUUAAGUAUUUCUCUGUAACAUCAACAAAGAUUCACAACUAAUAAAUUAAAAAAAAGUUGAAGUCAGGAAAAGAACAUUCUUAUUUUUUAUUUAUUAAGGAUGUGACAGUCAAAAACUGACAAAUCUGCUUUUGGGGAAUGUGUGGGAGUCCUUCUUAACAAAUGUGAUUGACAGUGGACUGGCAACAUAAACAAACAAACCCAACACGCUUUUUGAUUUCAAUUCUGAUUGGUCCAAAUCUGCUUUUUCCAACUCAGGCCCACCCACUAGCGAGAAGACACAAAACAGAAAUAGUUCUAAUUUUGGCAGAAAACGUGUUCAUGUGGGACGCACUCUUUAUAGUCAGAAGCUGAUUGUCAAAACAGCUUUUCAGGGCCUUUAAGGGAAAAGUCUACGUUAACCUCCUUGAACCUUUGUUGAUCGUUUGUUUUUGCAUUACUCUGAAUGACUGGACUGUUAACACUAAACAUCAGGUUGUGGUAUCAGUCCCGCAGAAUCCUACUGUGAGAGUUUGUAGAAUCGCCUUUUAUUCACCAUCCAACAGUUUCCCAGGGAGACAUACAUAACACACACAAUAAAUCCACCAGCAGUAGCCUCAAUAGACCAGAAUGCAGUACAGCCACAAGACCGGAUGGUUUGAGUAAGAAGUGACUCUCGUUUUGUGUUCAUUUCUGAACUCUUGCUGCCCUUUUUAUCAUUCUGUUUUCUGCAUACUCAUACAUAACCCAGAGAUGAAUAUUACAUGUAAAGGAAUACUUGGAAAAUGUACUCAUCUGAAUUCUGCUGAGAAUUAGGUGAAACGAUUGGUACCGUAGGUGUCUGUAUGCUAAACAUAAAGCUUUACCCAGAGGAGAGUUAGGUUACCUUUACGUAGAGACUGGAAACAUCUGGACCUGCUGUGUCUAGAAGUUAAAAAGAUGCCUGAUAGCACCUCUAAAUUUAAAGAAAUCAUUUGUUAUACUUUGUUUGAGUAAUCUGCACAAAUAAUAAAGCAUAAAUAUAA